UGCAACAUUUGGACCUAGCCUUUAAAUUGUCAACAAUCCACAGUAUGCAAAUUACUUUAAUUAUAGCAGUAGGCCAAUAGUGCUGAUGCCCAAAAGUUAUGUCGGGGGUGGAUGCUCAAUUAUCACAUUUUCUUUUCUAGAUCCCUAGGAAGGCAGGAAAUUCAGUCCUCUCAAACUGGUUUUUUACCCUUCACUAAAUAUUUAAGCAAUAGCAAUUGGUGUGGCUUUAGUCCAAAAUAAUUCCUAAUCUGAGAAGAAUUUUUCCACAUUUCAUUUAUGUUUAUUUUCACAUUCUUUAAUCAGAUUUCAUGUAAAGAAUUAUGUUCAUUAGAACUAAAUACUAAUAACAAGCUAAACAGAACUAUGCCUUUUUCCCUUAGUCUGUGGAAAUAUGUGAAGACCUUGUCCCUGCAGUUAGCAAGAAGUCAAUGCCAAGUUUUGUUGGUAAUCACAUACAAUAUUGACUGUGUUCUCCUGUCAGAAGAAAAAUGUCUCAUCCCGAGUGCUCACUUCAUUAGAAAUCAGUAAUUUACAUGUGAAUAAAGCCAUCACAUCAUGUGACUGUGUUGCUUAGUAUUUGCUGAAGCUGACUUGGUCAGUAAUUCUCAUGCUGAUUCAUGUCAGACUUGCAGAAUUAUUUUUAAUGCCUGAAAAAGAAUGCGGUUCACUAGGGAAGAACAAACAAGGUGGGUUUUUCAGUCAUAAAAAACCAUGUUAAAUGCAAAGGACUCCCUCAGAAUUCUUUUUUCACCUUUGUAGAUGACACAUUAAUCCUGCCCUCAGUUUGGGGUAUCAUCAGCACUACCAGUACUAGUACACACCCAUGGUCUGCAAACCAGGACCAGGUAGGCUUGUUUCUUAAAUCAGUCUGCCAGUCAUGAACAUGACUGCAAUUUCAGCUGUAAAUUCUGCCUCUCCUUGCUGUGCCUGGCAUGGCACAUCCUAUGGGAAGAUUGUUGUCUGAAGGCUGCUGUGUACAUAGUAGUUGUGUGCUAUAUGGUCACAUUCUUCUCGUAGGUCUCCACUGAACUGCACCUGCACAUUUAUGGAUGCAAAUUGUAUCUCAGUACCAGCUUUUGGUAUGUACAUAUGGUCCUUUACAAGCAGCAGCAAUAUAUUUUGUGGGCAGAAAUUGCUGGCAUGUACAAAACCUGCAGGUGUGGUUUUAAAGCCUAUUUUACCCUCUGUGCAUGAAAAGGAUGUGCUGUAACUGAGAGCAUCUACUUAGACUCUGCUCAAGUGAUCAAAAUGAUCCAGUGCAGCAUUUAUGCGUUUGAUGUUGAGGUACUUUGCAUUUUCUGGGUACUGGAUACCACCUUACUGCUGUUCUUUGAGUCUCUGUUUAAUUAAAAAGAAUAAUUUAACUAUGUUUUCAGUGACAUAUGUUGAGUUCAGUUCUCAUAAAGAUUUCUCCAGCUGAACUUUCUUCAUCACCCGCACCACUUUCUGCUUCUGAGAGCUGCCAAUAUCCUCGUUGGUGUAGCAAGGAUGGCGCACAGAGGGAGGCACAAUGGGCAUUCCUAAAGUGAGCAAAAGGCUCCUCCCAAGGACAGUAUGGUGCUGCUUGUGAGGCUUGGAGCAUCAGGGUGUUUCACCUGCAGGCAAGGAGGCAGCUGCAAUUAUCCAUAGUAGGUGCAAUAUAUACCCAGUUGCUACACAGCUGGCCAAAUCUAGUGGUAGGGCAGAUUGCAAGCCUGAAGUACAGGUUUGGCUUUAAAGACAUCAAGCAUAAAAGAAAUUUUUUUUUGCGUAAUUUUAAAUGUACUCUCAUAUAGUGGAGGUGAAUCCUUUACAGACUGGCCUUCAGAGGUGAUUUUAGUUUUCUGGGAAAGUGUUAUCAUGAGAUCUUGGUUAAAUAACUGCUGACAGUUCUCUCUAACAUUAAUUUUCAUUUACUUCUAUACAUAAAUUGUUGUAUACUUUUCCUUUUCCCCUUUUCCCUAAUCGACUGCCUCGGAUGAUACAGUUUGAAUUUUCCGAUGUUCAGAGAACAUGACUAAAGACGUGACAUAUUUUUAUAUGUCAUUGCACAUUUCCUGCUGAGGUUAGCUGGUGCAUCAUUAUCAGCUUUCUUGUAAGGAGCUCCUUAAAAUAUCGUACUUUUAGUGAUAAAAAAACAAGUAAAAAGUAAAAAAAAAAAAACCCAAACAGUGCUAAGGUUGUGUAUGCAGAAAGUCAGAUAAAUAUGUUAAUUAAGGCUAUAAAUGAUCUUUGCCUAAGAACCUUAUUUCUUUAUAACAAUAAAAACUGAGGGUCCAUAAUCUUUUCUUGUAGUGGAGAAUCUGUGGGAAGAAGAUAUUCUACCAUGCUCUAGACAACAAAAAAUUGACUCAAGUUACAUUAAUUAAAUAAGUAGCUUUGUUUGAUAAUAUAAACCGCUUUGGUAACAUUUAAGUAACAUAGUUAUGAAUGACAAGCAUAAAAACUGUAUCCUCUCAUAAUUCGCAUUCACAUUUCGGAAAUUGAUUCUUUAGAUUUCAUGCUCUUGCCAAACUAUGAACCCAUUUGAGAAUUGAAUCUGUGGCAGUGGAUGAGCUUCCUAUCCUCUUUGUCUUUUGCCAACUUCUUUUGAGUAGCACAAACCUGAAUGCUUACGCAUCUUGGAUUCAUAUUAUGUUCUCAGUCAUGGAUGACCUUUUACAAAUGACUUCCAAUAGCUAGAGCUGAAGUCAACCACAAGAUUUGGUCAUAAAAGGUCAUAUUCUAGUUAUACAAAAUGUAGACAAAUUUGAAAUCCCUGCAGCAACUGAUUGCUGUAGGUUUUUGGUUUGUAUCUGACCAAUUUUAAAUUCAAAGCCAUACAUUAGAAAAUGUUAUGUUCUACAUUUGUUUCUCUUUUCUUUUCUUCUCCUAAUUUUCUUUCGCUAUAAAAUCAUUUAGUUUACAGAUUUUUUUUUUACUUUUCCAGUUCUUAAAGUUCUAUUUCAUAGGGCUCCUAUUUCACCUUUUCCUUUUCCCCCUUUUCUUCUUUACUAGUGGAUUAAUUACAGAUUACUCCUUGUAAAUGUGAAUAGUGUCUUUCUCUUACUGUCAGGUUCUCACUGGGAAAUAUUCUACUUCUAACUGGAAUGAUUUCAGAGAAGUUGUUUGAGGCCACUCUGCUAAGAGCAUGCCUUAGAGUGUCACAUUUAGACCUCAAACAAAGAAACAGGGCAGAUUUAAACAAGUACAGUUUGUUUUUGUAGGCAUAACUCAGAAUGAAUAGUAAAUUAAAAGAAUAUUUGCUCUCAUCACCACUGGUCACAUCCUGGCCUUAUGUUGUACAGACAAUUAAUCUUCUUUUUAUUUCUGAAAUACAGAAACUGUAGACUAAGGCUUCCCAUGGUGACUUUGCUGUGGGACUCUACUUUGUAAUUAGUGCCAAGAAGCUGGAUUUUUCCAUCCCUGUUUGGGCUUGCUGUGUGCUUAACUUGCUCACUCUACUACUUCUGAUUCACACUAGAGAAGCUUUGCAGCUCAGCUGUUUGUGGUGCAGUUGUCCUAGCAGUUAUAGAAAGCACAGCCUUGUAGAAGAAAACCAGCAAACAAGGCUGCUUACUAAUUCCAUUAGUGAGGAUCCUGGUAAUUUGGUCUCAUUUGAAAAUAUUUAUCACUGCUGAUGAGGCAGAGAGCAGAGUCUGGAAAAAAGCUGCAACAAGAGACAAUUAAUCAGGAUUUCUCACUCGAGCCUCCGGGGAUGCCAAGGAAGGCAGCGUGGAGGAGAAGCGCUCCUGUGGGCUUCAGUAGCCGUGAGAUGGCUGUCUCGAGCAGCAGGCACUGGCAGGGCAGGGCUGACCCUUUCAGUGUGGUGGCUGCCUCCUCAGGGAGCCGACUGCCUGAGCAGCAGAAGACGAGCGAGUCCCCUCUCAGCUGGUUCAGAGGGGUGUAUCUACCUCCUGCUCUCCACCCAUUAAACAAGACAUUCAUCAAGGGUGACGAGUGGCAGGACAUAGACAGCAUCCAGGAAAAGCGCAGGGCCUUCCUGCAGGACUUCUGCAAGACAUACAACAGCAGAAAGAAGCUGCAAACCCACCUGGUGCACCUGGUGUCAAGAAUUUAUGUGGAGGACAGGCACAAGGUCCUGUACUGCGAAGUGCCAAAAGCGGGCUGCUCCAACUGGAAAAGGGUCCUCAUGGUGCUCAGUGGACUCGCUGCUUCAGCAAACAACAUCUCCCAUGAUGAUGUGCACUAUGGAAAGCAUCUAAGAAAACUGGACAGUUAUGACCUAAAAGGGAUAUAUACACGCUUGAACACGUACACCAAGUUUAUAUUUGUUCGGGAUCCUAUGGAAAGACUGGUAUCUGCCUUCAGGGAUAAGUUUGAACAUCCAAACAGCUAUUACCAUCCAGUAUUUGGGAAGGCAAUAAUUAAGAAGUAUAGACAUAAUGCAGAUGAAGAAGCAUUGAAAACAGGAUCGGGAGUUAAGUUCAAGGAGUUUAUCCAAUAUUUGUUAGAUUCCCAUCGACCAGUAGGAAUGGACAUUCACUGGGAGCAAGUCAGUAAGCUCUGCUAUCCCUGCCUUAUCAACUACGAUUUUAUAGGAAGGUUUGAAACCCUGGAAGAAGAUGCCAAUUACUUUUUGCAGCUGGUAGGUGCUCCAGCCCAUCUGAAGUUUCCUAAAUUCAAAGACAGACAUUCCUCUGAUGAGAGAACAAGUGCAGAAGUAGUGAGGCAAUAUUUAAAGGAAUUGUCUAAGGAGGAGAGACAGCUGACCUAUGACUUCUAUCACUUGGAUUACUUAAUGUUCAAUUAUACAUCACCACUUGUAUAGCACCAGAAUAGCUUCAGGCUUCUAUUAGAUAUUUAUCAUUCUGGGAUUCAAAACAACUACUUUGAUAUUAGCCCUGAAAGGAAACGAAGUUACUGCUAAGUAGAGUUGUCUUGACUUAGUGGGGAUUUUAUAAGCUAGAGUGAUAUCAAUUGAUAGUAAAUUAUGGAGAAUGCAAAGAAAAAAAGUCCUGUAGACAGCAUAAAUUGUACUAAAAUGCCUGGAAAAGUGGCUUUUACCAUUAUGGAUUAUACCAUGGAAGCAGUAGCUCAGCUAGCUGUUGCAUUAGCUUACCUAAUGUUCUUUUAAUGGUUUAAGAAAAAUCAUUCAGAGUGGCAUGAUUCUUUUUUUGGUGUCUUUGCUUUAGAAAUUGGUUUUGAAAAAACUUUUGAAUGUAUUUUUACUUUCUGUCACUUAUUAAUAAAGAAUCAUGGGCUAAUUUUCUAAAA